UAGCACGGCCUUACCGCACCCUCGCCCUGACCUUCCACCCAGAUAUUCCCUGAUCCUCCUGGCGAAGGUCAGGGUGGCGUGAGAGCGGCUUCGUGGCUGUGCGUGUGCUGGCUUUCGGACUGCAUUCCCGCAGGGCACCAGCAGGGUGACCCGUGACGCGUGUGCCUUCGUGUGCUCCUAGUGUAUUUUGCUCUCUUAGCUUACCAUGGGCCUGGCGUGACUCCGCGCGUGCUUGUACUUGUGUGCUCGCAACAGUCUCUUUGUGCAAUACUAUCUUUUAUAUUGAGAAGCAAGCGUAGAACUGCCUUCGUUCUCUCCCGUGUGUGUUCCUGUGAGCGUGUCAUGGGUCCGGGCAAAGACGCCGGCUACAAGGUGUUCUUCGCGAUCGACUGGAGCCAGGCCUUCAUCCAGAUCCUGGAGAUGACCUGGUACUGCUGCGACAAACUCUGGACUCUGUUCACCCGCCACCACCGGCUCAUGGGUCGCGCGUGAACGGCCGUGGCGUAGAUCUGCUGAACACUGAGGAAGAGGGUCUUUGGGGAAUCUCAGCGUUCCUCCUUCCUCCUGCCUUUCCUUCUCGUGUCCAUGACGACACGAAGACAAACGAGCCAAGGCUUCUUUUGCUCCCUCGCCUCCGCAAGUGAAAGGCGUCGAAAGGGCGCUUCUGCGGCCGCUGGUCAGAGAAACAGCAGAGGAAAUAUCAAGAGGAUAAUGAAAGGACGAAAUACCUACUUGUGGCGCACUUUUCUGUUGGAAACCUGAUGAAAUUUCUCUAUAGCGUGCUUAUGUUAUUCACUUGAGGAUAAGUGUUUGUUGAGGAGUAGAACGAGAUUAUUGCUUAUUAUUAAAGAGCGUGGAUCUCUCUGACUAUAUUCAGCCAGUGAAAUCGCCCCAUCGCUGUUACUUCGAUACGAAUUCCAGAAGAGAAAACUCCCAGAAAGAGGAAAGGAGGAAACAGGAACAAUUCGCUUUCUAGAACAUCCUAACUUUGCAAGGAAUUAUCAAAAAUGUUGAAAAACUUGACCCUUGGGGGAUGCAGAAAUACCUUCGCUCGCCUGUACCCAAGGAACACCCUUGACGUCGCGCCGCCCUUGUGGAAGCCGCCCUUCUCCAAGCCGCCCUUCUCCUGGGUUGGCAGGAGGAGGAACAGGAACAGCGAGAAGCGGAAGGAGAAAUCUCGCGACGCGGCAAGAUGUCGGCGAGGCAAGGAGAGCGAGAUCUUCACGGAGCUGGCCAACGCCCUGCCCUUGCCGGCGCAGACUGUGUCGCAGCUGGACAAGGCGUCUGUCAUGCGGCUUACCAUCGCUUACCUGAAGACGCGGGCGCUGUGCCAUGCCGGAUUCCCGAAGAUCACGGAGGGCGGCGCGUGUGCGAGUAACGGCGGCGGAGGCAAGCUGGACGUCGAGAUGGACACGCUCUUCCUGAAGGCGCUGGACGGCUUCCUGCUGGUGCUGUCAACGGACGUGCGACGUCGUUUACACGUCCGAGACAUCGUUCCUCUUCCUGGGGAUUGCACAGGGAUUAGAGGAACGUGGGCUGGUCAGGAGAGCGGCAUUGAAACCGGGAGAGCUCUGCUAUCUAGCCGCCCGCCGCCCAUACCCGCGCGGCCCGACCCGCCCUCAAUGAUGCCCAAGGUCCCCCCGCAGCCCGCGCCCUCGAACGAUUUUUUUGCCGUCUCGCUCGCAGGAUUCCCCAAAAUCAGAUGA